UCAGUAAACAGUCGGGAACCGUUACGCAUUUUUUCACUGAACGUUCCAUAUUUUUUCUGAAACGUUUUGGACUUUUUCCUGGAAGUUCACUAAAAAAAUGCGUAGCUGUCCCGUAAUUUUCACCAAAUAUUGACUUGACUCGCAGAUUACGGAAGGGCUACACUCUGCGUUCAGUCUUGUACGCUUUUAUUGGAGAAAACAAUCAGACGAGAUUCUGCCGAAAUGAUAAAUACGGCUUGGCAACGCCUGCAAUUUCUCUCUCUCCCCUACUUCCUUCCUUGCCACGCCGGUGUACAAUCGCUGUUUGGGAAAGAAAUGCCACCAUUCGCCCAGUGGUCACACUCUGGUUUACUCACUGUAAUACUCGCGUCCCCAGCUCAGUGGAAAUUGUGCGUUGGAUAAGUGACAGUCUAUUCGUCGAUUGCUGUGAACAUCUCAAAGGUCGAUUAUUUUACCGGUGACUUCACAGAAGAUUGGUUGACGAUGGCGACUGCAAUUGGUUACGACGGUUAUGGCUGUGAACACUACAAGAGGAAAUCGCGUUUUGUGACACCCUGCUGUAAGAAAGUCUAUACAUGCAGGUUUUGUCAUGAUGAAAUGGAACAACACCCAUUGAAUCGCAAAUCGAUAAAAGAACUUGUUUGCAUAGUUUGCGAAAAACGCCAACCUGUCGGGAGAUGUUGUCGAUAUUGCUUUACUCAAUUUGGUAUGUACGCUUGUCUAAAGUGUAAUUUCUUCGAGGAUGAGGAUCGCGGACAGUUUCACUGCACUGAAUGUGGAAUCUGCAGGGUCGGAUAUCGGCACCGAUUUUUCCAUUGCCCCACCUGUAAUCUAUGUCUGCCUCGUCAGAUCGAAGGGAUUCACAAGUGCAUCCAAAAUGUCUCGCAUGACAACUGUCCGGUGUGUCUUGAAGACCUACACUCAAGCAGAUUAGCGGCGCAUAUUCCCAGCUGUGGGCAUUUGCUUCAUACCCCUUGUUAUGAUAAACUCAUUGCAGCUGGGAUGAAAGCCUGCCCUACGUGCCAAGGAGAGUUGGAUGAUGUGACUAAGAAAGUCACAGACUUGUUCGGACGAUUCAAAUGCUGAGAUGGGAUAAUCUUAUGGGAAAGGAUAAGUGUAGAUUAAACCUGGCUUUUCUUAGGAUGUCUAUCCUUGGAGAUAAAAUGGUGCUUGUUUUGAUUGAUGCAUGAAUAACUGAUUUGCAAAUCUGGUUAAAGGGAUAUUUUUUAUAGAGUGAAACCGUCCUGGUAAUUGUAUCGCAAGCUGUUUAAUUUUAAUUAGCGCGUUAGCCACCUUUGCCCGAAUAUGUCAAAAUAUCAUUGCAUUUAUCAUAUAAAAGUCUAAUUGAAAAUCAUAAAAACGGGCUGUUGGAAUAUACCAGAUAAGGGCGGGAAUAGACAAGAUAAGGUUUAAUUGACACUUCUCGUUUUCUCUUUACUAAGUCAACUUUGAUGCAUGUUUGCAUCAAAUUGUCUCAAACGAUUGCAUCAAAUAUGCAAUUUCAUUUUCUUUUUAUUUUCAUUUCGCCAAGGCAAAUAUCUGUUUUUUGUUUGAUAGAAUUACGGAGAUUUAGCAUUUAAGAUUGAGGCGUUUUCAUGAUCUUUCAUAUUAUAUCAUUAAUUGUAAUUGAAUACAAUAAAAAUAUUUCUUAUCUUCAA